AGGCAUGGAAUCGUGGAUUACCUGCGGUGAGGGAGACGGAGCUAAAUGUGUACCGUUGAUUUAGUUUUGCAGUUGUUAUGAAAUGAAAAGAAAAAUGAGAGCCCUAAGAUGAAGAGUACAUAAUGGAAUGCGUGAAAGUUAAGUGUGGGUCAAAAUGGAAUAAUAUAAAGAGGAGAAGGUAUAGACUAUAGAGGCAGAGAGAGAGAGAGAGAGAGAUCUGAUCCGGAGCGAUGAGUGAGAGUGAGAAGCAGAGGGUAACGGGGAAGGUGAAGUGGUUCGAUGACCAGAAGGGUUUUGGCUUCAUAACCACCGACGACAGCGGCGAGGAAUUCUUCGUCCACCAGUCCUCCAUCCGAUCCGACGGCUUCCGCAGCCUCGCCCUCGGCGAGUCCGUCGAGUUCCUUAUUGACUCCGAUCCCGAAGGCCGCACCAAGGCCGUCGACGUCACCGGCCCUGACGAAUCGCCAGUCCAGGGCACCCGCGGUGGCGGAGGAGGAGGAAGAGGAAGCUAUGGUGGAGGUGGCGGAAGAGGUGGCUAUGGUGGUGGCGGACGCGGCGGAAGAGGUGGAUAUGGAGGAGGCGGCGGAGGCUAUGGGGGAGGUGGCUAUGGCGGAGGCGGUGGUUAUGGUGGAGGUGGCGGCGGCGGCGGAGGGGGAUGCUAUAAGUGUGGCGAGACUGGUCACAUAGCUAGGGACUGCAGCCAAGGUGGGGGUGGCGGUGGAAGGUACGGCGGUGGUGGGGGUGGCGGCGGAAGCUGCUACAACUGUGGGGAGUCCGGGCAUUUUGCCAGGGACUGCCCUUCCAGUGCUCGUUGAUACAAUAGUACGGGGGUCUGGCCUUGCUUUUGUGUUCUGUGGUUCUUUUGUUUUCUUUUUUCUAAAUCUGAAUAUUACCCUUUAGAAAUAGGGUUAGCUAGGGUGUGGCUUCUUUGCGUUUUCUUUUUUCUUUUUUCGGGUUUACAUUAUAAGCAAUUAGCUUAUGAUUAGCUCUUGGAUUUAUUGGUUUGCUUUUUGGGCUUAGGGAAAUGAGAGUUUUGGUGAGGUUCUGAAACCAUCGACUAAAUACUCUGUUUCCUGUCGUGAACGUAAUAUGCUCUGCCUUACCUUAUUUUGUUGAAAUCUUUGAAUAUAUCAUGGUAUCAUGGUCCUGCUGUUCGGAUGGAUGGUUGUGUAUAUUUUGAA